CCGCCAAACGCGACCGGUUGUUUGCGUCGUAGCCGACUACCGACAGUCAAUCGUUGUCGUCAUCGUGAGCACACGCCAGAAGACCGUACCAGGAUAAUAAUAAUAAUAAUAAUCCUAUCGCUACCGUCGCGAGUCGUCUCCGAUCAUCGCCAGUGGUGGCGCCGUCCGCCAGACGAAGAAUUUUCCAGGACGUUCCAGACGAUAUUUAUACACACACACACACAUAUAUAUCGAAUUACGAUACCAGUUAAGCAGCGCCAUGUCGCGCGGCUACUACAACGGCGGUUACAACCACGCAUGCGAAGUGGACCAACACCGAUACGAGGAGAUACCGGACAUCGAUCCGUCCAUGGACUUCCUGCAGGCCGACGACACGUCCACUUCGUUUUACUACAUGGAGUCGCCGACGCGGAUACGCAGGCCAUCGGACACCGCGGACCCGGCCGAACGGACGUUGCUGUUGCGCGCCCAACAGCACAACCAUUACCAACAGCUACAACAACUGCAGAUGAACGGAUGUCCGCCGCCACUUCCGGCCGCCCGAGCUAGACGAAACACUCCACCGUCCGCGGCCGGCGGCGACCGGUCCGUGGCGGCCGUGACGCCGUGCAAGGCCAGGCGCCGGUUGGACGUGUACGGCGACGAGUUGGGCACAGUCAGCCUCCCGUCCACACCGUCCGGCGGCCGGACCGCGGAUGUGUUCGCGCCGAUGAUGGCACAGACGGCGGCGGCGGCAGUGGCCAGACCAGUCACCGUGCGUCGGGCCCGGUCGUCGGCCGCCCUAUACAACAAACACAAGCGGCCGCCGGAGUUUCUAUCCGAAUACAAUCUGGACACUUGUGUGCCGGUUACCGGUGUCCAGUAUGACCGGCCAAGGAACACGGCCGUCAUACAGCCCAUCUACAAGGCGCCGCUGCCGUCAGUGUUUCAGGUGGAAGAGAAAACUACGCCGUAUCAGACCGAGUCACCCGCCAAGCCGUCGUGGUCGCGGACUCCCCCGGCCCGGACACCCGUCCAGUCGCUGCCCGUGUGCACGCUGUGGUCGGCCGCCAUGGUGCUGGUGGUGUCCGGCACGGCCAGUUGCAUGCUGUGCUUCUACCUGAUGUCCCGGCGCGGCCGGCUGUACUACCUGAACGCUGGGCUGCUGGCGGCCGCCGUGUGCCUGGUGCUGGGUUUUCCCGGGUUCCGGUCACAGCAGUGGCGGUGGCUGCCAAACCGCAACUACGUGACCGGUUACAUACUGGUGGCCAUGUUCAGCGCGCUGGAGACGUGCGCGCUGUGGCUCAUGUGUCAGAGCACCGUGCUGGACCCGGCGCUCAACGACAUCGGCGCCGGCGUCGUGUGCGGUAUAUCCGCCCUGUCCGUUACGCUCGCCUGUCUAGGCGUCAGCACGUCGUACUGUUGCCGGUACCCACCGCCCGACAACAGGGUCGCGCACGCCGUCGAAGGGUUCGUCGUGUAGACCACUACACAUAUAACCCACCUACUCAAGAUUAAUAUUAUAAUGUCCAAUAUUAAAUCGAUGCAUCGACCACGAUGAAACCCAUCCGCUGCACUUCGAACUCGUUGCAUAGUAUAUAGGUUUAAAUAAUAUAUUAUGCUAUAGUUGCAUAGCAUUUGACACGUUUUUUCGAUACGUUCGCGAAAACAAAUUCCAAAGAAUACGAUUGUAACAUAUAUAUUGUUGUUGUAAAUAUAUAUUAUGUAUUUGUUAGUAGCCGUGAUUUAAAUACUCAUCGUUGAUAUUACUACCAUUAAUAAUAUUGUAUAAUACAUAUAUUACUAUCAAAUGUCUGAAAAAUAAUAUAUAUGCGUACAUACAACAGUGUAGGUAUAUGGAUAAGAAAUCAAAGAUUAAAAAUGAAUUGAACUCAUAAAAAUAAUAUUAUACGACGAAUGAUGAUUAUCGCAAAUAAAAAUAAUUAAUGGUAGUACCUAGUACCUACUACAAAUCCGAUGCGAUUCGUUCAUCAAUUAUGUCUUAUACUUAUAUUCCGUGAAUUCUGAUUUUUAAAUUUUAAUAUAAGUAAACACGUAGCUUAAAUAAAAUAUUCCAACUUAUUUUGUCAAAACUCAUAAGGAUGGUUGUUCUUUGUUUUGUUGUUAUGUAUUUCGACAUACAUAAUCUGACACAUAAAAUGUAAAAGCUAAUCUUUGAAAUAAAACUUUCAUCAAAGUUAAACUCCAAUACAAUAUACAACGUAAUUAUUUAACUUAGUGUGUGGCUUUAUGUUUGACCAAUAAUAUAUUAAUGUUUCAUUAAAAGUGAAUACAUUUAUUUUUAUAUAUAAUUAUUUAUUAGAAAUAUUUGCAAAUAUAUAAUAAAAUAUUUACCAAAUGUGGGUAGUGUAUACACAGUCAUAGCUCAUAUUGGAUAGUAAAUCAUACAAAUGUAAUUUGUAGUUUGUACUUAAGUAUAAUAGGAAUAUAUUAUUAUAAAUGUCAAUGACACAAUUAAAUUUAAAAAGUAUGUAUUUUAUUGUAUUGUAGCUACGUUCAAAUAAAUAAUUAUAUGAACAAACUAUAAUAUUAAUAAGUUAUUUAAAUAUACGGUCGUUUUAGUACUUAAAUAUACAUAAUAUUCUAAAUAAAUGUAUUUAGAAAAUAAUAGAUAUAUCUUAUAUCGAUUUGAAAAUGUUAUGUAUAAAAAAAAUUUAAAAACAAAUUUUUAAUAUUUUUGAAAAUUGUUUAAUUUUGUAUUGUUUAUAUUUUUCAAUUUGAUUUAUAAUUUUUUGAUUUACCUAAUACUAUUUAAUAGCGUAAAAUGUAAAUUAUGUAAAUAGAUUAUAGAGUACUCAUAAUUAUUAAAUUAUUUAUGAGAGUUAUUACUUAAAAAUGUAACUUUUAGUAUUAUUAGAUAUCCGUUUUUAUUUAGAGUUGUUGAGAUUAAAUGUCAAUAAGUUAGUGAAAUAAGAAAUGAAAUGUUUAUUAUAUUUGUUCAGUAAUGUUUCAAUGUUUAUUUAAUACACAUACGUUUAUAUUAUUUA